AAAGAGAAGUGGUGGGUGGGUGGGAUUGGAUUCUGCUUCUGAUUGGUGAAGGAAAAUAUAUACUGUGGUAUAUGUAAAGAGGAGGCAAGUUGGAAGUGGCAGAAGGUUGAGAAAUGGCUUAACUUUGGAAGUGAAUAAAGUGAAAAGCAUUGAUCUUUGGCAUGAAAAGAGAGAGAACCAAAUAGGGUUCUGUUUGCCUGUGUUUAUUCAAUCCCUCAAGCAAGCAAUUUUUGCAGUCUGUUCAUAGCUAGUCUACUGCAUUAUGUCAUUUGAUUCCGUAAGAGAAGACAACUAGUGAAGGCACCAGCUUUCAGCCUGGACACGUUGUGGACUAUGGUGGUCAUUAGAGAUCUCCAAUGCUUAGGCCAUUGUAGGUGAAAUGCCAAAAACAUGAUCGAGGUCUAUUUAGAAAGCUUCACUGUCACCAUCGUCGCGACACGAAGAAUUUUUCCAUUGACGCAGUCUGACCAGGAGCAGAUUCCAUCUUGCUGCAACCUGAUUUGUUGGAGUCUCACAUGGGGUUUUCAAUCGUCGGCGCUCCAGUUCGUCAAAAUUCAGGCGUCUCUGCUCCGUCGUCGUUCUUCCAUCUCCGAUGCUGCAGAGAUUCUAGAUGACAACGAUAAUGCUGUGUAUAGAUUAGAUUCCGUUGAUAUUGACCUGGCAGAUCAAUCCAGCCCUUGUGGUAUUGCUCUCACAUACCAAAUGAGCAUGAUGCUUAAACGAUAUGAGCAUAGACAAAUGAGGAUUUGAGCACAUUAGCGAUUUCAAAUGACCUUUUGAAUGUUUCGAUACUCAUUUUAUAAUUUGUAUGGUCAUUUGGUACUGACAUUA